AGCAGGACCGAGUAAAAUUUCCGAGUAAAUUCAAUAUUCGCUCGCCCCUUUAUUUUUUUUUCUCAUUCCAAUUCUAAAGUGGCCUUUAAACACGGAUUCCAUUCGUGCUUUAUAUAACGUCUGAAAAGGGUAUCCAGUCCACAAGUUUACAUGAAUGAUGAUGAAUCAGUAUGCGGCUGGAUACCCAGGUUUUAGGUUUUACCCAACAGAAGAAGAGUUGAUAUCUUUCUUUCUUCACCACAAGCUUGAAGGAAGCAGGCCUGACAUUGAUGCUGUGAUUCCAGUUGUUGAUAUUUAUGAUUAUCUGCCUUCCGACCUUCCAGGUAAUGAAUUACUCCUUUCGUCCCGAAAUUAUUGUCAGAUUUAGAUUUUCAUUUUUAGUGCAAAAUAACUAAAGUGAAAAUCCAAAUAAGUCUAAUUAAACUCAGUGAAUAGGAUCCUGAUCUUCAUUUAAGAUAUUCAUUACGUAGUACACUUUCCUCAUUUUUGUACGGCCUAAUAAUUAGUGAAUGCGUGAGGGGUUAGCAGAAUUAGCAGGGGAAUUUUGUCGGAGAGAUAGGGAGCAAUGGUUUUUCUUCAUACCGAUGCAAGAUCGGGAAGCGCUUGGGGGAAGGCCGAAUCGGUUAACGAAUGAAGGAUACUGGAAGGCUACGGGUUCUCCUAGCUAUGUUUACUCCUCCAAAAACAAUCGUGUUAUUGGAGUGAAGAGAACCAUGGUUUUCUACACUGGAAGAGCUCCUAACGGGGAGAAAACCUCCUGGAAGAUGAACGAGUAUAGAGCCAUUGAACAAGGCCAAGCUUCCUCCUCCUCCAACCCUCCCAAUCUAAAGCUACGACAGGAGCUGAGCGUGUGCCGAGUUUACAAUGGGCCAAAGUCGAUGCGGGCAUUUGAUCGGCGGCCAGCACACGCCGGAGCUGGAAACGAGGUGGCUAUUCAAGAUGUUGAAGAAAUAUCCGCGGGCCUUGAUCAGGCUGAUGGGAUCAGCCAGCGGCCAGACACAUAUUAUCCUCAUCCUAACCGUUCAUCACAGCUGGCUUGUGAUCAUGAUCAAGGUGCAAGCUCAUCCAGACCAUCAUCUUCCUACGACGGCCCAAACCCUCCCGUUCAGCCUCCGCCUUCCCAAGCAACAUUAAUGGAACCGGAUGAGAGCCAAACCAAUUUGGAUUUCCAGAAUGUGCCAAUGUGGGAUUGGGAACAAUUUGAUUGGUUUUAUUAGUAAUUAACUGAGACGUCGAAGAGGAGUUGAAACGGUCGUGCAUGAUCCAGGACUAAGCCAAACAUCAUUCUAUCGUUCUGAAAUAUAUAUUGGAGGAGGAGUAUAACAAAAAAAAAUCGUACUACUGUCCAUUCGUUAAAGAAAAAAGGGAAAUAAAAAGGUGCUAUACAUCUUUCAUUUUCUUACAUAUUUUUAGGUAGGUUUUUGUUUUCUUAGCUAUCGGUAAGAUUUUCCAAUUUUAUGUAUUCUGAAUGGGAGGCUAUAGAUUAUCUAACUGACACGAACUUGAUUUUGGUAUAAAUUUUCACUUUUGAUAAUGUUCACCUCAAUAAACUCAGUUCUAAUCGAUAAUAAAGAGUACUCAGAAAAAAAAAAAAUAGUGAGGGCAGAUGUAAGUUUCUAAGGUAAAAACUCUGGCUCUGCAGACCUCUCUAUGUUGAUAUGCUUAAAACAGAUAGGGACAGAGUGAAAAAACUAAUUUGAAACUUCAAUCAUUAUUAAAGGAACCCUGCCUUUUCUGAAGGGAGAUUAUGAAUGCCUCAAAAAUGCCAGAGAGAGGAAGUUCUUGAGAGAUCGACUGUUUUGUAGACAGUCGUCUUCUUUACGGAAGACUUCAAAAUUCAGUCAUGCGAAGACCAAGUUUAGGAGACUAGUAAAGAAAGAGACCGGCCGGUGAAGGAAAAUACAAAGCAGAAGCAACGACAAGAUUACACUUCUUGACAAUUGAAGUAACAAAUAAGAUUAUGCCCUGGUCCUGAAGAAUUCAGUUUUCUCCAUUCAUGGUGGUGGUCUUCCGUAUGCCUCAUACUCAUUGUUCCAAAAUUACUGUCCAGUUUGAGAUCUCACUUUUAGUAUAAUUUGAACUAAAAAUAAAAACUCAAACAUGACAAUAAUUAUGGGACAGGGAGAGUAACUUGUAA